UAUUCUCUUAGAUUUUUCUAUUUUACUUUUGAGGUUCUAAUGAGCUUUUUUUUGUGUUAAAAAAAAUUAUUUAUUAUUAUUAUUAUUUUCUGAAAAAGAAAACACGAGUAAAUUAAAUUUAGUCACACAAAAACAUGAGUAAAAUUAUAGAUUUGAGACUGGAGGAAUUUCGAGAGAAUAAAGAGAAUGAAUAUUCUUCAGCCAUCUUCUUCUUCAAUGCAAUCUUUUUGCCAUGGCUGCACCAUCGGAGUUUGGCAACGAUCUCGAUUACGACCACCGUUCCAUAGACCAUCUUCAUCCCUUUCCAAUCUCGCGUUUGACUCUUCGAUCAUUCGCCAAAAGUCUACCUCCGUCGCCGUUAAAAGAGUUUCUCCGGUCCUCCAUACCGUUGCUGCUUACUCAGGUGACAAAGAUUACAUCGCUGACCCUCCGGCCAAGGCGCUUCGUCGAAUUCUUGAAUCGCCGGGGAUUUACCAAGGCCCCGCUUGUUUCGAUGCUCUUAGUGCUAAGUUGGUGGAGAGAGCUGGGUUUGAGUUCUGCUUUACCAGUGGGUUUUCGAUAUCAGCUGCUAGACUGGGGUUGCCCGAUACGGGUUUUAUAUCUUUUGGAGAAAUGAUAGAACAGGGGAGACUUAUCACGGAAGCUGUGUCGAUUCCUGUGAUUGGGGAUGGUGAUAAUGGGUACGGAAACGCCAUGAAUGUUAAGAGGACUGUCAAGUCUUAUAUAAGAGCUGGUUUUGCUGGAAUUAUACUUGAAGAUCAGGUAUCUCCUAAAGCUUGUGGUCACACACAAGGCAGAAAAGUAGUAUCAAGAGAGGAGGCAGUGAUGCGGAUAAAAGCUGCUGUUGAUGCUAGGAAGGAGAGUGGAUCUGACAUUGUUAUUGUGGCUCGGACUGAUUCCCGGCAAGCAGUGUCUUUUGAUGAGUCACUCUGGAGGUCAAGGGCGUUUGCUGAUGCUGGAGCAGAUGUUCUUUUUAUCGAUGCACUAACUUCUAAAGAAGAAAUGAAAGCUUUCUGUGAAACUGCUCCCUUGGUUCCAAAAAUGGCUAAUAUGCUUGAAGGAGGGGGCAAAACACCGAUACUUAAUCUUCUUGAACUCGGAGAUAUUGGAUAUAGAAUUGUGGCCUAUCCACUUUCCUUACUUGGGGUAUCCAUGCAAGCAAUGCAGGAUGCACUUACUGCUAUUAGAGGUGGUCGUAUUCCUUCUCCUGGAAGUAUGCCAUCAUUUGAAGAGAUGAAGGAAAUCUUAGGUUUCAACAUCUAUUACGAAGAAGAAAAGCGGUAUGCUACCAGGCCUAGGCCCAGCACGAGCCAGCUAUAUUCACGGAGAGCUAGCAGUAGUGUAAAUGACAUUCAACAGAGGGCUCAAGAUAAUGCAGAGCAAAGAGAUCGAAGUCGGGAAGAUCCUGCAGUUGAAGUAAUAACUCCUGAAGUGUACAAUAGCUAUCGUACCGAUGGUUCAAGAGAUCCUUUUUCUGGGAUCUGGUCUCGGUCAUUGAGAAUAAAGUUAACAGGAAAAGAUGGAUUUGAGAAACUUGAUGUUAGGAUUCCUGCUGGAUUCUUGGAAGGAGUCACCAGUAUAGUCCCAGCUUUGGGGGGAGUAAACCUCAAAGAGCUGUUAGAUGAUGCAGCUUAUGAACCAGGAGGGAAACUCUUGAUAGAUUUUAAUGACACAAUUGGCGAUCGUAUUCAAGUGUUUCUGGAGUAACAGCCUUGCAAACAUACUAAAAGAUGUUUGGACAUGUGGAAAUUGAAGAACUGUAACAUACUGGAGCUUGUUAUGAAUCAUACUGCAAGGCUUGGCAAACUAAACUAUGUGUGUUUAUAAUAGGGCUCGAUCUAAAUCCAUGCACAUUCCUCCUAUAUAAUUGGUACAAUGGUGAGUUUGAUAUAUAAUCAAUUGGAUAUCUGACCCUCAUUGACAUGUAUAUGAUAAAUGCUUACAAAACUAUAGGUAGGAAUACUUGUCUCGACUCUAGAAUACUGUAUUUAAUUAUCUAUUGUUUUUCUACAAAAAAAGAACAAGAAUACUAGAAAAAGGUUGUAGCUUGGGACAUCUCCUUUACAAACACCUUUUCUUCUACUUUUUCUUGAAAAUAUUAUAGGUUGUACUAAAAAUAGAGAUUUGAAUACGACUCUAUAAGGUUGGAAGGGUCA